AUGUCAUCUGAUGGUAGUUUAGGUGGUUACUUUCUGUUGUCAGUCACUGGACAGAUUGAAAAGGCUGACUUUCCACUCCAUGACUAUAUAUGGUGCAAGUACUGCUUCGCAACUGGUCAAGACUGGACCAAAUUAACCGGCCUCGAUGAAGGGAUGACUCAAACUUCUAUUAAAGGUGUUGGUUGCAAUGAUCAGAACAAUUUCAACUUUCCAAUUGACAUUUCAUGGAAGUCUACAAACCCAUUCGGUUGGCCUCAAAUCGUCCUUCAUGCUUAUGGCGUUGACGUCUUUGGUAAGGAUGUUUUGCGAGGUUACGGUGCCGUUCACGUUCCAAUGAAGAUCGGAAGUAUUUCAAAAAUGUCAUCUGAUGGUAGUUUAGGUGGUUACUUUCUGUUGUUAGUCACUGGACAGAUUGAAAAGGCUGACUUUCCACUCCAUGACUAUAUAUGGUGCAAGUACUGCUUCGCAACUGGUCAAGACUGGACCAAAUUAACCGGCCUCGAUGAAGGGAUGACUCAAACUUCUAUUAAAGGUGUUGGUUGCAAUGAUCAGAACAAUUUCAACUUUCCAAUUGACAUUUCAUGGAAGUCUACAAACCCAUUCGGUUGGCCUCAAAUCGUCCUUCAUGCUUAUGGCGUUGACGUCUUUGGUAAGGAUGUUUUGCGAGGUUACGGUGCCGUUCACGUUCCAAUGAAGAUCGGAAGGUACAUUAUUAUGAUUAAUCAAUAUUUUCACUUCGUUUUAGUUUAA